AUGUUGAAAGUCCCUAGAUGUAUUUUUGGAGAAGAAAGGAAUACCGAAUCAUUAUCCUUUCAUGUUUUUGUGGAUGCUAGCAAGGAUGCCUACGCGGCUGCGCUUUUCGCAAGAGUAAAAGCAGACGCAGGGGUUGAAGUCCAUCUUAUCGAAGCUAAGUCAAGAGUAGCCCCGAAAGGCAAGAAGACUAUACCUCGUCUCGAACUGUUGGCCGCCUCUAUUGGAGCUAGACUAAUGCACUCUUUUAUCCAGGCCACCAAUUACCGAGACAUCAAAAUAUAUUUCUGGAGCGAUUCGACCACUGUCCUAACUUGGAUACGUCAGACGAGACAGUGGGCUGUAUUUGUGUGGAACCGCGUCCAAGAAAUAAGAAGACUUACUGAAGUUGGUUCCUGGAGAUACGUUCCUGGGAAGAUGAAUCCUGCGGACUUACCUUCUCGAGGCUGUGAUACGAGAAAGUUUUUUGAGUACAGAUGGUGGGAGGGGCCCGCGUGGUUGAAACUCCCCCCCGAUCGAUGGCCUACAGAAGAGGAGGAAUUUUUGGAAGCUUUCAGACGGUUCGUAGCUCGUCGAGGAAGACCCUCUGUGAUUUACAGCGACAAUGGCAGAAACUUUGUAGGAGCUGCAAAUCUGUUACGAAAGAUCAACUGGGAAAAGAUCUCCAACUAUUGUGCUCUUAAUGAAAUGGAAUGGCAUUCUAAUCCUCCUUCAGCUGCUUGGUGGGGAGGAUAUUGGGAGCGUCUUAUCCGCAUGCUGAAGGAAUUGUUGAAGAGAACGUUACGAAAGACUUCUUUGAAUUAUGAAGAAAUGACCACGGUUCUAUGCGACUGCGAGGCCGGAUAUAUAUCAUGA